AUGGGGAACGGAGAGGGGGCGCUGGGCGCGAUUUGGACGACGGCGACGGCGGCGCUCGGGACGCUGCUGACGAGAGGGAGCUGGCGGACGAGCGCGACGGUCGGGACGUCGUGCGCGCUGCUCGCGGUGAAUGGGGUGAAUUUGUUUUUAUUUUGCUCGUGGUGCACGCUGCAAUUUCGGUGGAUACACGAGUCGCACGCGGGCGCGGCGGCGACGUGCGAGCGUUUGAUUUUCGCGCUGUGUCCGCCGACGACGACGACGAUUCUGACGUGGGCGUUCGCGAGCGCGAGCGCGGGAGCUGAGAGAGCGGCGUUUUACGGCUCGGUCGUGUCGUUGAUCACGCAUCGGAUGUUUUUGUUUCCGUGCGCGAGCGCGUGCGCGGCGGUGACGAAGACGAACGGGCCUCCGUCGGACAAGCGCUCGGCGUUGACCGAGAGCGACGCCGAGUACGCCACCGUGGCCACGCUCGGCUUACCCGUCGCGUUGUAUUUAUGGACGAACCUCGACACACUGUUCAAGUCCCUCGAUCACGUCUUCGCGUGUGGGGCGUUGGUGACGGUCCCGGUGUUGUAUUUAAUAGCCGCCGGCACGGAGAAGUCGUUGUGGUGGCGCGCGCGCGGCGUCGACGUGGCGUCGAAAAGGAUGGAAACCGCCGUGCUCCUCUUCGCACUCACUGGAUUUGCGGUGAGCGUUGAAGGUGGAAUAAUAUUUAGUGAAUUUGCCGAGUACAUCGAAAUCAUGGCUCCUUUGAAUUACAUCAUGGUGACGGUUUCCGUCCACAGCGCGCUGGCAGUUUUCGCCGCGUGCUACGCAAACGCCGUCGGCGACGGCGUCCCGACGGGUGCGGUGAAGGCGACGUUGGCUCUGUCUACGUCGACCGCAAUUUGUGCUUUGGGUGCACCUCUGUGGAUGAUUCCGAUCCCCAUCGCCGGAUCAUCGUCAUUCGUCAAAUAUUAUUACGAGGACCGAGAGCCGAAGGAUUACGGCGUGUUUGCCGCGAGUUGCGUCGGAUGCUUUUCGUGGUUUCUUUCGAAGAAUUUCUGGUCACUCGAUGUGCGCGUGGGAGCUUUCGACGUCAAACAAUUGUGUGUCGCCAUAUUACUCCUCGCCGUGGCGGCUUUGGCUUUGCCAGCGGUGUUGAAUACGAAAAGCGCGCGCGCGCCGACGGUUGGCGUCCUCGUCGUCUGUUACGUCUCGGCGCUCGCAACGAUUGAACAAAUCCUGAGUCAAGCGACGCAUGACGACGAUUCUUUGAUUUAUCCACCAUAUUUGGUCAUCGUCACUUCCAUCAGCGGCUUCUUGGCGAGUCGAGGCCUCGUCAUCAGCGGGAGAAUCAGUCGCGAAUUUGGCUGGGUGAUGCAGAGCGUGUGCGGCGCAAAGCUCUCCAUGCUCUUUGUUCGCGGUUUGAAGGAAAUGUUCAGCGUCUUGGUGGUCGUGCUCGCCAUCACCGCUCCGCACGCGAUGUCACGGCGAAUGACUCAAUUAUCUCCGGGCGCGAGCGUUGGUUAUUGCGUCGCUUUGGUGUUCUCUUUGGUAUUCGCUCGGUUUGCGAUGUUUGACGUUAUAUUUGAACUCUCGGGUCACCGACCGACGGACGCGACGCUCUUCGGUGGACUCCUCCUGAUCACGGGGGCGAGCUUGGCGUCCGUGGUAACGCGACAAAGUUACGGUGAUGACAUGUUUAGCAAACGAUUGAUGAUGCUCUUGAGUUUCUGUGGCGUCUUUCUCAUCACCUUCCGACCGCCGAUGCCUUGGAAGGGCGAGGUGGGCAUGUGGUAUGACGCCGAACACGUUCCCGACUCUGAAGAAGACGAAGCGAGAAUGUACGGCGUGCGCGAGAACGCGCAUCAUGGAUGGCCGAGCUGGUUGCUGAUGUUAGCCGCGCUCACCGCGAUAUUCGCCGUCUCGUCUCCACGACAACAGACAAAAUCAACGUCAACGAUUCGAAUCGCCUUAAGCGCCGUGUGCGGUGGGAGCGUUGGUUUAUAUAUGGCGCUGGAAUUCUUCGUCCAGCAAGUGGCGCUGACGGCACUACUAUUUGUCGCGUGUGCGCUGGUGGGAGUGUUCUUGUCUUUCACGUACAGCCCUUCGCCGAAGUCUUCGCGCUGGUUGCCUUACGUGUAUUUAUCGUUCGUCUCCGUUCUCGGCUUGGCGUACGUCACACAAAUGGGUGGCUCAGACGAGACUGUGGACGACCAUCAGGCGAGAAUGGAAGGAAAAUUCGGUGUCGUCGGCGUUUUCGCCGGGACUUCGCUGCAAAUCGCGUUUGCUCUGAAGUUGAGAAUCAAAACGAGCCUGGAGAGCGUGCAACAUCGACGACGUCAAGGCGGUACUUCACCGUUCCUUCCCGCCACUGGUCGCAGUCGUCCGGAAUAUUUCCGCGGUGUCGCGAGCAGAAACGAGCACAGAGAACUCAAGGCAAAGGCGAUCGCUUGGAUGCCAAUCAUCGGGAACAUCGCCACGCUCACGUCCUUUCUCGCGUGCGUGGUGCUGAGCGAUGAGUUGGCCGAUGGCUCCGCGUUUUCGGUCUUCGUCCUCGCGCCCAUUCUGCUUCUUCUUCACCAAGACUCGGUGAUAUUUCCUAUACUGGAAGACAGCCAACGAUACGCUCCACCGCUCGCGAUGAUCGUGGGUAAGAUGUGCUGGGACGCCGUCGCCGCCAUCCUCGCCGGCCCGAACCGAGUUCACGUUCUCGCCGCGACCGCCUCCAAGUUGCCGUGGAUGACGCUCAACGCGUUGAGUCUGCUCCUCGCUUCGGUGAAUAGCAUCAAUUUGGUGCACUACCUCGCCACGAGCGUUCGCACGGACGGGAUGACGCUCAUCUUGACCGCCCCGCUCGCCGUCGUGGCGCCGUUUCUUUCAAAAAUUCCCUCCGUGCGCGCGCUCGCCUUCACCAGUCUCAUCGCCGUCGUCACCCAGCACACCCUCCAGCGUCGAGCGAAGAUCGUCGGGCUGAAGUAUUUAUAG